AUGUCGCGUGCAGAAUCCGAUAAAAGUUCAAGGGAUAGAUUACUACUUCUUUAUAGGUCGAGGGCUCAUAAUACUCAAGGAAAUGUUGAAGAUGGAAAUUCUGGUGUAAAUGCGAAUCCGACGGUGUCUACGUCUUCUGCUACACGGGAAAAUGCUUCGACGAAUGUGGAUAAUCUUGCAGACACUUCUGAGAAUACCGAUGUGAUUCAACAUCCUCUGCAAAACCCUGCUGAAGUUCAACAGCGUUUGCAUGAAAAUCAUGAAGAAAUUAUUUCUUCCGGAGCUGUCUCUCAAAAUCAGGGCAAUGACACCAAUUCUAUAAAUCAAAAUAACAAUCAAGGUGACGAUUCAAUACCCGAAGUUAUUUCACAAUCUCACCAGCCUAACUCGCAAAGCCUGUCUGAUGGGAUUGUUGAAGAGGUUAAAGUCCUAGGUGAUGAGUUGACAUCCGAUUUCACGGAGUUGGCUCAAAACCAAAAUGACUUCUCUGAACCUCCAGUAGUUGCAGAUGGGACUCACGGUCGAUAUAACGAGUCCGUGUCUGAUGUCAAAGAAAUAAUUCGAAGUUCGAGCGAUACCUUUGAACUUCAAGGACAACAUGGUGGUGAAAGAUCUAAUGUUGAAAAGGUGAUUCAAGGAUUGGAAGCCACUCCUGAGUCUCCCGGAGUUGUCAAUAAAAUUCAAGGUGAAAAUUCAACGCAAGAUAUCACGGAUCCUCUUGGAGUUAUUGUGGAAACUCGAGGAAAAGAUGAAUCCGUUGUCCCGGAAACUAUUAAUGAAACUCAAAGACGAGGUGAAGAGUCAACAUCAAAUGUCCCAGGGAGUAGCCCAGAACCCUCUAAGGUUAAUGGCAAAAUAGACAGUCAAAGUGAUGUGCCAACUCAGUCAACGCAUGCGUUUCAAAGCCCAAAUAGCGUUUCCGAUCCUCUUGGGGCUAUUGAUGAAACUCAGGGACGAGAUGAAGAGUCAAUAUCACACGUCUCGAAUAGUACAUCGGAACCUCCUGGAGUCACAGAGGGUCAGGGUGAAUCAACACCCGCUUUCCCAGACGGUAUCCCAGAAACUCCGGUAGUUACUGUUAAAGUUCAAAGUGAAGAGUCAAUCUCAGUGAUUCAAAGUUUGAAUAAUGUCCAAUUUCAAGGCGAGAUCGAAACUAAUGUCACACAAAUUAAUCAAGAUUCGGGUGGUGGUCCUAAAGAUGUGGAUGCAGCUGAAAAUAAUGCAGCUCAGGUUGACCCAAAGGAUCAGGACAUUUCCAGAUUGCCUGAAGUCGCUCAUCAUGAAGUACCGCCGCGUGACGGUGCUUUACCGCCUCCUGUAGGCUCAGAAAUUGGGCAUUCAAUUAAACCUCAAAGUCCAUCAAAUAAUUUUGCACCUCCCGAAGUUACACCUCAUCGGCCUUCUUCUGGUGAAAAUUCCUUAGUCUACGUUGUUCCACAAAAAACAGUCGAGACUAUUUCAACAACGACUAUUGUGUAUAAGACUAGUGACAAUACUCAAUUACAGUCCUCGAAUGAAUCCUUGAUUCAUGGCAGAAGUGACACCAGCAAACCACCAGUUCCACCGAGGCCAAAAGCAUCGAGUAAGAAUCUCAAACCAUCCUCGAAUCCAAACAUUAUCGGAGGUUCCGGUGGAAGGGUCUCUAAUGAGUUGGCGCAACGGAAUUUUGGUCAAGAUCUCCACAGAAUAAGUUCGGACGUAUCUACACCUCCUACACAAGUUACAGAUCCGACAUCAUUAAUCGAUCGAAGUCCUGACGUGCCCACACCACCAUUACAGGCUGCAAAUCCAACUUUCAAUAACGAUCUCAAUUAUAGAUCCGCAUCACCGGCAAGAAAUAAUUUUAAUCAAAAUCUUUAUCAGAAAAGCCCUGUUGCGCCUACACACGGACAAAUGGUGGGUCCAAUCAACAACGCUGCACCAAUAGAACAACAGAGUAUCACACCAGAGCAGACUAUAAAAUAUUCUGACCAAGGGAUUCAUGGUCGACCCAUAUUUCCAGCACAACCUAAUGUCAUCCAAGAUUUUCGUCAACGAAAUGUUACCGGAUCCACAUAUGCACAAGCCGUAAGACAGAAUAGCAAUGUCGCAUCAUUAGCACGACAAAAUGUCGCGCCUACGCAAGCUAUAGAAGAUCUUAAUAGGACUUAUGAUGGAGUUGCAUCGCAAACGCAGCCUAAUGUCAGUCAAAAUUCCUACCAUCAAAGUUCUGUCACGCCUACGCAAAGAGAUAUUAAAGGUCCGGCUAGCAGCAUUGCGUCAAUGGCACGACAGGAUUUCACACCUGUAGACAGCUCUAGUAGAAGGGAUUAUGGCAGAUCCGCAUCACCAGCACAACCCAUUGUUGGACAUCUAGAGCGUCGCAAUGUUGGUGGAGCCCCUCCUCCUGUUCCUAAAAGACCACCAAAACAGCCCAAGGCUGCAACGACGCCUGGGAACAAACCCACGAGUAUACGUGGUGCUAGCUCAAGUGUACCUGUAUCCCCUGCCACUGCACUUGGAUCUGAAAAUCCAUUCAAUGACAGUCACACCAUUUCCAAAAACCCAAAUGAAUCAAGUGUACGUGGUACACGUGCAGAAACACCCAAAGAGGAAAAGGAAGAUCCUUUCAUGGAUCCCGAAAGUGCGGAUGCUUACGUGGACUCGGUUAUUAACACUACUGUUGACGAUCAUACCGACAAUAGUGAACACAAUUCUCGCGAGAUGCCUUCAUCCCCUGAUGAUCGUUUUGACCAAGAUAGUUCUAUCGAUCUUUCCUUGUCUACAAACGCAUUCAUUAAUAGAAAUAAAAAAGUCGAAAGGAGAGGGGAUAGACUUAGCGGAAAUAGGGAUCCAUUUAAUAAAACAGACCCUAGAGCAAAUCGCGUUGAUCCAACCGUCUGGGCUAGCGACAAAACAUUAGUAAAUCCAAAUGAAGAUUAUUCCUUUUCAUCCCAUAAUAAGCGUGGCAGCCAAUCUGUUGAAUCUCCUACGCUUAUAGACUUUUUGGAUGAUAACACUGGGAGAGGCGAAGGUAAAGGAAGAAGAUCUAGUAGGGAAGGACCUAGAAGCCAAGAUAUUUUAAACAAUAAUAGAGACAAAGGUAAUGAACAAAUAUGGAAUAAUUUUAAAGAGAAAGGAUUUGAAGCUGAUUUACAAGGGGUUUCUGGUUCCGACAAUGGCCCUUCGAACGAUAAUGAAACUUUUUCGAAUAACAAUCGAUCUCGUGUUGAAAGGAGAGGAGAUUUCAGUUCGCACGAUAAUGAAACUUAUACAUAUAACUCUCGAUCUAAUGUUGAAAGAAGAGGAGAUAACAUUCGGAGUGAAGUUUACUCGCACAAUAGACCACCGAGCAGUUCAACCAAAGAUAAUUAUCAACCAUGGAUUGUUAAAAAAUUCAAAAAUUUCAAUAGCAGAAAUAACGAUUCCUUCCAAACAUAUAAAAUUACAUUUCAUGUGCAUUUGCCUUCAAACAUCGAAAGCGUGGGCGAACCGGUAGUGUUGGGUAACUGUGAUGAAUUGGGUAACUGGAAUGCACCUGGAGUUAAGCUCGAGCGACCCUAUCGACAAUUUCCAACUUAUUGGAGAUCUCAGGAGAUCGAAAUUAUUGUGUUGGAAGACAUGCCGGAAAUUAAAUAUAAAUACGCGAUAAUUAAACAAUCAUUGAUAUGGAGGUCCUCUGUAGUGUAUGAAGGAGAGACAGAAUUGCAAAAUCGCACCUUGGUAAUUACGUCAAAUGAUCAAUAUGACAUGUGGAUAAAUAAUGCAGAACAUUAUAUUCAUACUAUCAGGGAUUUUGCAUUCGUCACUGUAAUAUAUUCCACUGUAAAUCAGAAAAAUAUUAAGGAUAAGAUUAUGCAAUACCAAUUAUUGAGGAAGAACCAUCCAGUUCAUACAGAUAGUGCCACCAAUAUCCAAUUCCUUCAUCAUUGUCUCCUCGAAGCGAAAACCAAAGAGAGUCGACUUUUCUUGUGUGUUCUCUUGGCGUACUAUAACAUUCAGAAAAAUGGUCAUUACCAGGAUAAACUGCCUCCACAUUUUCCAUCAGCUGAUUUAAUCGAGUCACUUGAGACCGUACAACAAGACACAUUACCAUCUGAUGUCUUAGGCAUAAUGCCGUCCGUCGUAUCUAUGGUGGUUCAACAUAAUAUCAUUCAGAAAUCGUUUGCAUGGAUUAGGAUUUUUAAGUCGGCUCACAUAUUAGAUCCUCAUUACUCUUUUGUCGAGUCGAUUAUCAGGGUACCAUAUAACGACAUCGAUUUGGAUGAUUUUUUGAAGAAAUGGAACAAGCAUGCACGACCUUAUAUGAAGAGAGUCGACGAAAGAGCAUAUUCAAAGCUUGCCCGAUGGUUGAUCAACAUUUGUAAUACCAUGCAAACGCUUAUUACAGUGUGGAAGGAUAUUGAUGUAGUCGAUCCACAAAUACAACGAUAUUUUCUCGAGCGUGUUAGAUUAAAUAUAAGACAAGAUAAUGCGAGUGCCUUGUACAACAAUUUUAAACAACUUCCUGCAGAUUGUCAAAAGGAAGCGUCAGAAUUUUUUAAAACUAGGGUUCAUGAAUUGUUGAGAUAUUCUCGUUCCGAAUGGAAUGAAGCUGAUCUAAAAUCAAUAGAAAAACUUCUUUUGGAAAACAACAUGUUUUGGGACAAGGAAUCAUUUCUUAUUGCAUUAGAAAACAUCUCUACGUCGAAAGAUUUUAAUUUGCUAAAUAUUUUUGUGAAACAAUUUGGCCUAUGGCUUAAGGGAAUCAGCUACGCAGAACAUAAAAAUCCCAAAAUUCCCAUAAUCUGCAAGUCGUGGUUUGAUAGUAUUUUAGCUCGUCUGAAUGAAAAAUUCAAUUCAUCUACUAUUAAUAGUGAUCGAUUUAUUUUCAAAGUCUUUGAAUAUUUGUCACAGCUGUAUGCCUUGGUCGGCGAGCGGAAAACUUUAUACGAUGAUUUGUCGAGGAUUGCUAACAUUCGCGUUAAACAAUGCUCAGGGUCGCGGAUUCUUUCGGCAACAAUUCUGAUCUCGAAUUUGCACCAAAAUGUUAUUAAUCAAUUUGUCGCAAUCGUGAAAGCGGAAUUGAAGCAAUCUAUUGUCGCGGCUGAUGCACAACUCAUGCAAAAGAUAAAAUUUAUUUGUGGGAACGAAAAGAACAAGGACUUGAAUAUCCCAAAUGCUCUCUGUGAAGAAUUAUUAUGUUACAUCAUGACCGAGCUCCAGAAACUCUUCACCCCACCUACAACAUUGGAACAACUUCAGGAUUUCCUCAAAUCCAAGGACUUUUGGAAAUUGAUUUUCAAUGCGAGAGGUCAGGUCUCCAGAUUACAUGCCCAUCCUCAUAUUCAACAAAUACGAGUUGAGAUUUCCAAGUUGGCGAGCGUGGUUGCAGAGAAAACGAUCACCAUUGAAUUACUCCAGUUGAUUCUUAAAUACGACAACGAUGAACUUUAUACGUUUUUCGACUUUUCCAGUACCAAGAAGAGAUUGACCGGGGUGUUCGUAUCAAAAUCGGACAUUGCGACCAUCCGAAAGCAAUGUCGAACAUACGAGAACACUUUGACUGUACUUCGAACGUAUUAUGAAAACUUCUGCCCGAUCUCAAAGGUCUCAGAUGUGAAUGAAUAUAUUGCUAAUAUAGAUAAUGAAUCCAAGAGAUCAUUCCAGAUCACAAUUAAGGAUACCCUGUCUCCAGAUCAUUGGGAAUUUCACAAGGACACGAUAGAUAUGUCAAAAGAAUCAUACAAGUUUGCAGGAUCUCAAACAUUUGCAAACGUCUUUGAUAAGCAUAUUUAUGCCGAAACGGAGGUUUUAACUGUCGAAAACGUUACGAAGAGAAUAAUGCCCGUUGUAUUCGAGGAGUAUGCCAAAUUAUGUAUACAAUACAAAGGCAAAGAUUGGGAGAAAUUAAAGUGCACCGAGGCCACUUAUCUUUGGAAAAAUGUCAGAGACGUUGGUGCUGAAAUUGACUUUAUGAAAGAAUUUGUUCGACUCGAUAAAAGUCAAAAGAAUUUUGUUGGUACCCUUAGUAGACUUGCGUCUUUACCGGAAUGGAUUAAACGUCUUGAUCAGUUGUCCACUAUUGUGGAAAUAUUCCAAUUGCCUAAUGGACCAAAGAAUGAGAAUGAUUGGUUAAAAAAAUCGCUUCAAAUUCUCCAGGAUGAUAUUUUGACAUUGGGGAAAUUGAAUAGUUUCUUUGAUUUUUUAAAUAAAAACGUCUCCUCUAUUGAUAGUGAAAAAAUUUGGCCUUUAAUUAAGGAAUUAUCUGAAGCUGGAGAAUUUUUGGAAUUCCUUAGAACCAUAGCCGAGCACGAUAUAAAAAAUCUCAUUAACGGUGUCGACGACUUCAACGAUGAAAGGCUAAACCAGGAAGACACCGUUGCUUCUCUAAUUCAAGUCCAACAAUUAUUACAUCAACUAAUGAAUAAAGCUGGGAACAUGACCAUAAUUAAAUUUUUGAACGAACUAGCAGCAAUUAAUAGUGCGAAUCCAACCUUAGCUAGCAAGAUCACCUUGUGUUCAAGCUGUAAUAUGGCGUUACAGAAUAUGUACAAAAAUAUUUCAAAUCGUGGGGAGGUUACAAAAGAAAAGAUAAGAAACGCGGUUGAGAAAGGGACUUACACGUUUAGACGGACCGAAACUAAUGAUGAAUUCUCUGUCGUCCUGACCUAUCCAAAGUCGAAGCCAUAUUCCUUAAGCGAUUUACAAGACUUGAGAGGGCGUGCCUUGUUAAUAGCAAAGCCCACCAUGAGAAUGGGCGCCAGUGCAGAUGCGGAGGAGGAACAAAAAGCAAGGGCGAGGAUUAUGGAAGAAUUUGUUCGUCAAGUUGAUAUAGUUCAUGAAAUUUAUAAUGUCGGAACCAAACUCAUACAAAUGGGACACUUUGGGUACCGAGUGUAUGAGAAGAAAAUCUCUAAUGACGAUAAGAUGAAUGAAUUAGUCGAUUUACUUAACCUUCUUAAAUUAGAAUCAACUGAAUGGGAGAGUACUGUUAACCGUGCACAAGAAGAUCAGUAUUAUUUGACAUUCUUUCCAGCUCGCUACAUCCUUGCCUUUCUUGACUAUUUUACCGGCGAAGAGAAGAGAACCAAAGAGGAUUGUGAAGUUCUCAUCCAUUUUGUCAACAGAGAGGCCAGAAUGCCAUCUAGGAAAGGAGAUUUUCGCAUUUCGGGUAAAAACAAGGACCAUUAUUCAGUCCUCUGCGAGAUAGGCGCAAAGUUAAAAGGUAUUUUCGGUAACAUUCCGGCCCGCACGGUUCCGCUCAAGACAAAAGGAGAAUUGGUAACUUCUGAUAUAGUGCUCAGAGGAAAGCUAUUCGUUGCUUCUUGCAAUAGCAAACUGUUGGUUCCUAAUGUUAUCAUGUCAGUUUACGCAAAUCACGGACGUUGUCCAGAACCGUGGCAAGUUAUGCUAUGCAAAUCGUCUACUACCAUGGAAGAGCUCUCCAUCUUUAUUAAACGCUGUUUUCUUGCAUCCAACAAUGGGUAUAAAGAUCACCUGUUUUGCAUCGCGAAUUUGGAAUUGCUUGAUUUUGAGCUUCAAUAUAAUCUUGUGAACAUCAUAAGGUCAUCACGCGAGGAACAUAAAGAUUAUCUAUUAGCAUUAAUCUGUUGUCAGGAAAUUGGAGUUCAUCAUCACAUUUUGGACCAAUUCUCUCAAGACGUUAUUGCUACCAAUGGUCUAGGCGUUGAAACGAUGAAAGAUAUCUACCAUCAACUGUGUCCGUAUGCUGUAUGCGUCUCCUCAGACUUAUCUGGACAGGGCAAGAGUGAAUGGAUUAAGCAAUCUAGUUACCUUAGGCAAAAGGUUCCUCGUGGCUUCCUUAUCAGUGACGGGGUUAAUUUUAGCAAACUGGUUCACCAGCUCAAAAGAUUUGAACUUCGUCAGGUGGAGAGUCUGCAUAUCAAUAUCAUAUCUGCCGAUAAUUACAAUGAUGUCAAUAUGUUUCUUUUUGAGCUUUUGACAUUAGGAUUCGUCUAUAGUGAGGUGGAUAUCACCUACCUUCCGAAAACAGAUGUCUUUAUUGAAGUUGCAUCAACGAUCAGACAACAACUACUUAACCUCCUCCCCAUUACCAGCUGUUUAAUAAGGCAACAUCUAUCAUGGGACAUCAGAAACUUAAUUAUUUCCAACGAAAUUCAGAGUCCGAUUCAAGUGUCAUGUCAUUAUUUGGAUGCGUUCGAUCAAAACCGGAUUGACGAAAACGACAUCCUAUUCCAUGGUGAAGGUGCCGUCAAUCAAUGUCUACCGCCACGAAGGUGCCAGGAGUUGGUAGCCAAAUAUUUCUUUAACCAGAAUGCAGAUAACAUUUCAUCAUUCCGAUUCGUUGAAGUUUUUGUUAACGUCCUAGCCGACCAAUUGGUGCGAUUAUCCUCAAGCUCCUUCUUUCGCGUUGAAAACUUGAAACAAAUGGUUACCGAAGAAAAUAUAAGAAGCACGUUAGUUCAAAAAUUAUUGGACGUUUCAAAGGAUUUCGCGACUCGCUCUGUUCGCGCCAAGGCAACACAGCUAGAAUCUACCGAGGCAGACUCAACGGAAAAUAUUAAAAUCGACGUCCAACCGUGGGAUGAUUCCAACCACCUGUUAAUCUUUUUCAUGUCUCAAAACCCGGAUUCAAUUUGUGCCUUAUACCGAGAUAAAAACAAGGUCGAUGAGAACGUGAAAAAUUUUAUGAGAAGUCAGGCCAUUGAUAAAAGUAAAUGGGAAUUGGAGGAUUAUAAUAAAAUGACCGAGGAUGCAUUGUUAAAUCGAUUAAAGUGUUUGGCACGUAAGAAAAUGAAAGACAUCGUGAUGGAACCUUACGCGCUAUCGUCCGACAACUUAGUCAAGAUGGCUUUGAUUUUAUUGAGGGCGCGAGCCAACAUUCCCGUGGUUGUAAUGGGUGAAGCUGGAUGCGGAAAGACAAGCUUAAUCGACUAUCUUGCACGAAUUAUUGAAGUCAAGUUUCGAGCGUUAAAUCUUCAUGCCGGAGUUGCAGAAUCGAAAAUAUCAGAAUUUAUGGCCGAGGCCCAAGGAGAGGCUGAGGAGGGGGAAAUUUGGUUAUUCUUUGAUGAAAUUAAUACCUGCAAUCAUAUUGGUCUUCUGGCGGAUCUUAUUUCUCAUCGGAUACUUUUGGGAAAGCCGAUUCAUCCGAACAUUCGAUUGUUCGCCGCCUGUAAUCCAUAUCGUUUACGAACCAAAUCUCAAAGUCAAGCCGGGUUGAAGACUAAGGUAAAAAUGUAUGAAGAACAGAACAUGCUUUUGUACCAAGUAAAACCACUCCCCGAUCAAUUAUUGGACUAUGUUUGGGAUUACGGUAUCCUUCAAAAAAGAGAUGAACGGAAAUACAUUCAAAUUAUGACAAAUACUUUACUUAAAGAUUUAAAUCACCCUGUGCUCCCAGAACUCUUGUUCGCAUCUCAAGAAUUCAUUCGUUCUAUCGAGGAACCAUAUAGUGUUAGUUUGCGUGAUGUAAAGAGAGCAAUAAAACUGAUCAGGUUUUUCCACGGGAGUUUCAUAGAUCGUCCCAAGUUGAAAAGUCGCUAUUAUCCGAGCGAAGUGUCCGGGAAACCGAAUUUUCAAAUGCGGAGCAUUGUUCUGGCUCUUUACCUUUGCUACCAAUCUAGAAUUUACGAUCAGGAGGAGCGUUUAAAUUAUCGAAAGGAGAUGGCUAGAAUUUUUAAAUCCAGGAGAAUAUUUAUUGACGAAGAUGAUUUCAGCAAAAUAAUUAGUGAAGAACAGAAAGACUAUAUCAAAAGGAUGAAUUUGCCUCCAAACACGGCUGAAAACGAAGCACUUUUAGAGAAUGUGCUGGUAAUGAUUGUUUGCAUUCUCACAAAAAUUCCAGUAUUUAUUAUUGGAGCACCCGGUUCUUCAAAAUCUCUAGCAAUUCGAUUAAUCAGCCAAAGUCUUCGUGGGUCUGAUUCAAAUGAUCGUUAUUUCAGAAAAUUGCCCCAGGUCUAUCUCAUUCCGUACCAAGGUUCUUCGUCUUCGACCUCUGACGGUAUUCUGGAAGUUUUUCAAAAGGCCAAUAAAUUUCAGGAAACAAGUACAAAAGAAUUUCCAAUAAUCAGCGUCGUUCUACUUGACGAAGUUGGACUUGCCGAAACUUCUCCCCACAAUCCCCUAAAAGUUCUUCACUCUUUACUUGAACCGAGUUAUCCUGCUGACGGCCCAACAGUUUCAGUUGUUGGAAUUAGUAAUUGGAGACUUGAUAAUAGUAAAAGUAGUAGAGCUUUGUUGGUCCAGAGGCCUAAAUUUGGUGUCAAAGAUCUCGUUGAAACUGCUGCUCAUUUACUUGAGAACAAAGCAAAGAAGGUGUCAAUUCAACCUCUUGCGGAAGCUUAUUCGGAAUACGAGCAAACUGGUCAAAUCUAUCCAAAUUUUCAUGGCCUUCGCGACUACUAUGGUCUCGUGAAAAAUUUGUCGGUCACAGAGAUGACCCCGGAAAAUAUUCAAAUGGCUUUGGCCAGAAAUUUUGGUGGCACCGAACAAAAUGCAACACUUUGUGAAAAUUAUUUCGGCAAAGUCCUACAAAAAUUUAACCAGUAUAGUCAUUGGGAAUACAGACCAAUUCCAAUCCCGACAUUAAUUAGUGCCAAUUUAAAUGAUGAAAGUGCCAGGCAUCUCAUGGUAAUAGGGAAGAGCGACUCCAUCGUAAAUAUCUUAACCCAUCAGCUAUACAACGAGAAGAGGUAUAGGGAGGAUGCACUGGAUCCUGUGGUUAUAAUGGGUUCCCAAUUUCCCGAUGAUCAGCAAGACUAUUCGUAUAGCGUAUUGAGUCGAAUUAUGAUGUGUGUUGAAGCAGGAAGACCUCUUAUUUUAACCGAUUUAGAAAUCAUCUACGGCGCCCUUUACGACUUGUGGAACCAAAACUAUAUUGUCUACGGAAGUAAGGAUGACCCCAGAUACUUUACAAGGGUUGCCCUUGGUGCAUAUGCCAACCCGAUGUUGUACGUCAAUAAGACAUUUAGAUGCAUCCUGGUUCUUGACGAAUCGAAAUUAAAAGAAGCAGACCCACCUCUCCUAAAUAGAUUUGAAAAGCAAAAGAUGUCUAUUGAGGACGCCCUCUCGGAAGAACAAUGUGGGCUCGUAAAGACCUUGAAGGACUGGGUACAACAGAUGGCCACCAUGAUUGGUAAGAAUAACGUCACGGUUCGACACAAUUUUACAUUGAAGGAUCUUUUCAUUGGCUACGAUCCGGAUGAAACAUUACAGAGUUUAGUCAUCAGCACUAUGCAUAAAUAUAAAAAUGCGACCGAAGAAGCGAUUCUUGCAACUUGCAAGGAAUCUCUCGUUUCCAUUGCUUCAGCGGACGGGAUUAUAAGGGCCACGAAAUCGGCCAUGGAUACGGAAGAAAGCCUACGGUGGAAAAAUGUAUACUUUAAAUCGUACGCGUCAAGAAAACAAUAUCAUGAUCAUUUAGCAGAUUACUUUGUCAAUUUGUUUUUAAGCCAAUCUAUUGAUGAUCUGGAAUCGUUACUGGUCAUUGUAAAUACUUUCUCGAAUAUCAACACGGAUGUAAAGGGAUGUCUAGAAAAGGUAAUGCGUGUUCAAGUCGAUAAAUUAUCAACUUUUAAGACGGAGGCACAACUUCAAAAUCGAGUUAAACAUUUUUGGUUGGAAUCCAAUGACCAAAUGUUGGUUCUUCAAUGCGACGUGACAACAGCAAACGCGGGCUGCAUUAAAUUGGCAAAAUUCAUCAUUGAGCAAUAUCGCAACGAAUUCAUGAGGAUUAGAAAAGAGGAUACGGAUGCCAAACAUGCGUGCAUUAUCCUGCACAUUCACAGAGAACAAGAGACCCAAUUUUUAUCCUUUAAUUUUAUGUGUGGAUGGAGUCAAGUUACAAUUGAAACGUUGGCACCUCAGGAGAAACAUCUAUCGACCCUCCUAGAUGGACCUUUGACGAACAUAAUGAAAUCCACUUACCCAUUCGAAGAGAUAUUGAAGCAGGAAUUGUUGUGGUGUCUGUUGUGCAUGAGAUAUCCGUCUACCGAGAAUUCCAUUAAUCAUCUCAGGACUCUUCAUUCCGAAAUUAUCAAACAUUCUGAGCUCGUGGAAUGCCUAAAGGAACGAACCUUGAUUUGGCUCGAAGAAAAUUCACCUGAAGAUUGGCAGUAUGAAGUUGCUUCUAACAAAAUGUUACUCUAUCCGUAUUCAUCUUUUUCGGCGGCUCUUCAAGCUCGAAUUCGUACCAUGGUCAGGCGCCCCGUUGCACAAAUGUUAUUUGUACUUGAAAGAUUAUCAGCCAUCAAAACCUUCUUUAACAUCGAUCAACCAGGAAGUGAGCGGAACCCCCUGAUUUCACUCUGGAAGAAUAUGUUCAACGAUCCCAAGAUAGUCAAUAUCGACGAUCUGCUGUUUGUACCUGGUCCGGAUAGAUACUUGCUGCCGCAUCAUCUUUACGACCUACAAUUCCCAUUUUCAUAUUAUUUCAUUAAAAAAAUUGACGAAUUCAAGGUCACCUGUCUAGCGGAAUUAGAUAGACUUAAACAGGAUAGAGAAAAUUGCGAUGACUCCGGAGACCUCCAUCCACAUAUCGAGAAUUUCACCUAUGAAACAUUUAAAUCGAACAUCUAUUCUUUGUUACCAUAUCUCCGGGAACCAUCGAUUGAACCACACUUGGAUAAAUAUUUUAAUGACUUUGUAACGAUCGCCUCUGUCAGUGAUGGUGGAAAGAAUGGUGUCGAAUUAUUAUCUUUGUUAUUGCGACAACUGUUAGGCGAAGAAAAAAUUCGUGACCCGGUGCUUCUACAUGUUUACUGGUGGAUAAAUUCGAACACAAUUCUGGCGGACCUGCAGUUAGCUCAGAUGUGCCCGUCAAUUGUUCAAGACUUUUCAUCGAGAAACACCAACUAUACCUUCGAAGAGUUCCUCAUUCAGGAAGUAACAACAAUGAUGCUUAACAAGGUAUGCGGAAACAGCAUCGAAGGAAUCAACGAUCCUCAAGUUGAUCAAUGGCUACGGGAAGUCACCAAAGUUUUGACCUUUAGUGGAAAAUUGAUGAAGAGCCGUAAAUUACCUUCUUACCAAUUAUUAAGAAUAUGUAACGAGUUGAUUUCUUUCAAGUACAUCCCACUAUCAAAUAUUAAGGAGAUAAUUAGACUGGGUCAAACUUCUGAUGGGAAUGAAAUCCUUUCCAAGGAAUUUGUAAAUUACGUCCUCAAGGUUCUGAACGGUCUCGAAAAAAAUGAAAAGAAUCUGAUCCCCAGACGCGCGUUUAUCAUGAGAUGCCUUGAUAUUAUCCCUUUGGAAUCACCUGUUCUUCAAAACAUCUAUCAAGAUAUAUUCUCCCAAGACCCUUUCCCUUUGAUCGGAUCAAUAAUAAGUCGUAUCUUCCUAAAAGAAGAUAAUGAGAACGAGGGCGCAUUCUUUGCGCUUUUCACAGAACCCCAGAGAAUUUUAACCAUCUCUCCUCGUUUACGCAUAAUCAACGCAUGUCUCAAGUCCAAAAAAGCGGAUUCCCUAAUGGCAGCCUUGUGCUGUGAUAUCAUUCAACAAAACUACUUUUCAGUACUGGAGAUAGCGGAGAUGGUGAAUUACUUUAAUCCUGCCGCCAAAACAUUGAUCGCCACCGGAAUUGAACCUUUGCAACUAAUUUCAGCAAUAGCCUUUCUUAAAGAAUUUGUCGGUCGCCUUUGGGACACUACAAUCGAUGAGGAGAAUUUCACGCGUCCGAUCACGCUAAAUCAAAUGAUGGAACUUGGUCACUUGAAUGGUGACGCAAUCAUAGCCCAGAUCAAUGGUUACAUGGAAACCGAUCAUCCGCUCAUCCACUCCCUCAAAAUUUAUUUCCUUCGAGAUUUACGCUCCAGAGACUUUUCAAUUGAUGACGUGAAACGCUUUUGUCAAGGGCAACAACAUACUCUACCAUGGCUUCUAACAUUCCAAUGGGAUGACAACAAUGAUAACAGGCUUCCAUUCAACCCAUACUGGCACCUUCCGGAAUAUGCACACGUCGAGGAUUCCUUCAAACAACUCUAUAGCGUUAAUGACAAAGGGCCUUUUCAACCGUUCUUACAACAACUGCCACAAAAUAUUCAUGCACGAAUUGCCUUCUUGGGACUCAUUAUGACUCGACUUCAUGUGUUCAGAGCUUCACGUGAGUGGGGCCCAAAUGAAACGCGAGCGGCGGAAUUUUUAAGAACUGUUUCCACAAUGGACAGCUUACCCGUCAUCUAUAGACAAACGGUCGACAAGCUAAUAUUAAAUAGACAUCCCCUACUUUUUAUCAAUAGCGGAAUAGACAAUGGUACCUUAAUGGUGGACUCGGUGAUAGCUCAUGCGGUAGCAUUACACGUUUCCAUGCCACCGGAUGCCUCACCUCUCGCCACACUUUUGCAUAAAUUAGACGCAUGUCAAAAUAGGUUCAUACUGGCGUGCAUCUCGGAUGUCGAAUCGGUUUUGUUGAGUGCCGUCAUAGCGAAUGGAGGUCAGGUUACCAGAUAUACUUGUGAAUGUGGUUCAAAAUAUGUUAUUGCCAAUUGUGGUUACGCCAUGGAGGCGAUAAGAUGUCCUGAUUGUAAAGUAAGAACUAUUGGGGGCGCGGAUCAUGCAUCGGCUGCAGGCAAUCGUCGUUUGGAUCAGAAACCGAUCACAGCCAUUGCCGGUAACGAUCAGGCCGGCUACAUCGGAGAAUCACCGAAUCAAUCACUUACGCACAGUGUCCGAUCCAUGCCACCUACCUCCUACAGAAUUCUACAUCUGUUUGCACACAUUCUCAUUGGCGCCUCCCCACUAACGGCAAAGACCGGCUUCCUUCAGAAGAAUAAUCAAAUUGCUACCAAUGCAGAACAAUAUUGUAUGGGGCAUAUACAAAACGAUUGGAACGUUUUGAGAGGAAUUUUGAAUUGCUCCGAUGAAAAUUUGGCAUUAUUAUUGCACUCGAUACUCUCGCUGAUGACACGAAAUCCGCCGCCUGCAUCUGCAUUAGGAACUCCCAAUGAACGUGAAGACUGGGAAACGAACUUCACCAGGAAUUACGUAUCCCCGCAAACCAAGAGCAUAACUGAAACCAUAACCAACUUCCGUACCAUACUUGACAAUGCAUCAGCCGCGCAAGGAAAUAACGCCAAUAUCAUUGAAUCCUGGAUAAAUCAAACGUUGACAUACGACGAUCAGCAACAAGCUCAAUUCUUGCCCCGAAUCUGGCGAAAAAUUGGAAUCAACAGCUUUGAAAGUUUCCGAGCACACUACAAUGGAAACUUGUCCCAGAAUCAAAAAGACUUCCCGUUCCUUGCCGUGUACUUUAAACACGAGAGUAAAUUGUCAAAAAUAAAAUAUCUCUGGCCAAUCGUUAAAUUCGUUCAAUCCUUGUUUGCACGGCUAUCUUAUCGCAUAAGUAGGAAGGAUGCACAGGCUCAGACAUUCCGCGAUUUCUUUAACAAAGAAUCAGAGACGUCAAACAUCGACUCGGUAAACACCUUAAAUAAGGCUUUCCAAGAAUUUGAGGAGGCAUGGAAUGUUGUAAUUGAAGACGUGGACAGAUAUCAAUGUCACACAUUGGAGCAUAAACCAAAAAUGAACCAAGAUCGUCGACUCAUCAUGGGAUUGAUGGAACCAGAGGAUGAUGGAGUGUAUCUUUGCGCAAUCAUUGAAUACUUGGUCUCUCUGCAGAAUGAAUUUUUGCAAGAAAUCAUGGUCAUCCCUCCCGGGACCUGUAGAUCUCUUAAAUUUUUAGAAGAAUCUUUGGAGGCCAAAUCUGAUGACACCCCGGCUCGAUACUUUGUUCAAUCGAUGACUAUCGAUCAGGCCAGGAAGGAUAAUAUCAUAUCAUAUAAAUGGGAGGAUGAAUUUGAUGAAAUUCUAGAGUUUAGUGAGAGAAAUUUGGGCAUCGGAAAGGGUCAAGACAUCAUUUACGACUUGCAAAAGAUUGAAAUCGAACUUUCCAGAUAUCUGGUCUUUGAAAAAGUUCACAUCGAAACAUUGAGUGACUCGAACUUAUACAUCGAACGUUUCUCAUACCACAUGGAGCUGUUCCAAUCUUCCGUGAGAAUUCUGGAAGAGAUCAGAGAAUUGAUUCCACAGGAACCAAUCCCCCCGGAACGAGCCUCAAUUAUUAGGGGAACUUCGGGUCCACAUGACUACAUGCAAAAUCAAAUGGAUACUUCACUAGACAACCCGUCCGAUAUCCUUUCAGCCUUGGAAAUUCUUCUUUGCUUUGUCAAACGUACCCCUGGUGGAGGUGGAGAGAUAGAAAUUAAAGAAUACAUCUCUAAAUGGGCAUCACUUUCAGAAAUCUCGGAAAAUGUUCGGUUUAAUAAUUUACUAAACGCGGAGUUAAAGCUCAAACAUUUGGUCGGAUUGUAUGAACUGAUUGAGGAACAAGUUGCCAAUGCAUCGGUGAGAUUCAUCCCCGAUAAGUAUAAGGAAAAACUACCACAAAGAAUAAAAGAUUCCCUGAAUGAGAUAAUUGAUUAUUCAGUACCCUCCUUGCAAGAUCUUCUUCCAGCAGAUGCAUCUGCUUUGGCAUUGAAGAGGUUCAUGUAUCGCUUUUUGCAGGGAGAGACUAUAAAAGAAACGUUCCCUCUAAACGUUUAUUUUAGCGAGGAAUCCUUAUAUUUGUGGCCACUCUCUGUUCCUCAAAAGUUAAUUGACGAUCGAUUCCCCGAUGAAUUACUUGUAGCUCAUGCUUAUUCUGCAUACGAAUUUAUCACUGAACAAAUUGAGGAGAAUGAAAAAGAGCCAGGCGAUGAUGAGAAACUGGCUUAUAUGAGACAAACUCUGGAUGAUCCAGCGUUGUUUCUGUCAAAGUGGGGGAAGUAUUUGCCAAAGGAUCAAUUGUCUAAAUUUGAAGGAUUAAGAGCCGACUAUGAGGUCAAUUGGCAUUUGAACCAGCUACAAAAAUCCACGCCUUUAUCAGUUUCUCGAGAUCUGCACCCAAAAGCUCGUCAUAAUAAAAAGAUACUAAACAGGAGAUAUCGGUAUCUCACAACUAGACUUGAUAAUAGUUCAUACUUUAGUGAUGAAGCCAUGGAAUAUCGCGAACCUUCGUUGUAUGAAGAUUAUGUGGGUCAAUACAUACCUGAUGAGAUAAGAUAUCCACCAUUCGCCGAUAACGUUGAUCUAGUGGACCGAAUGUUAUAUGACAUCGAUCAGAGUUAUAUAAAUGAUAGAUUGGAAGAAGAGAAAAGAUUGCAUGAGGAACAAUUUGAAGAAGAGGAGGAUGAUGAGGAAGAAAUGGAUGAGAUAGGGACGAAAAAUGAACGCAGGGAUUCCGAGACUAUUAGCAACUCGCAAAUACAUGAACACUCGACGGUGAUGCAAGAGCCAUCGGAGAAUUCCGAUAGUGGCGUAAAAGAUGAAAGUGGAACGACAUUAGAACCUGAGCGGCCACAGAUAUCAGACGAGGAAAAAGAACAACUAAGAACGGACCUUAUUGAUAUAAUGCGGGAAAAAUUUAUAUCGGGAAAUGAUUCAUAUUUUGACUAUGAUACCGUGGAUUUCAAUGAAGAUUAUGAUGACAUCAAAAUUGAAGAGGAGGACAUUCAAGAACCAGAUGAUAUGAAUGAAGUUGAUACCGGAACUGGGAUAUUAGACUAUUAA